CCCUCUGCCUCCUCUCACAGUGCUGAUCAGAGCCAGUGCAGGCUGUGGAAGAGGCCCCGCUCCACAUCUUCGGUUGCGGACUGAACGCUGAGCCGAGGGGUUUGACGUCAGUGCUGGACUCGUUAGGUCUCGUCCCUGCUGGUCGGGGUACGAGUAGGGAGCUGGUCUCACCUAACAGAUGUGUCUGGGACACUCCAGUCUAUUUAUUCUAUCAAUUACACAUAGAUCCAGAUGAGCAUGAUGGAAGUGUUGGAGGGACACAGGGUCGACAGGGGGCAGGAGGUGUGGGCUGCAGCCCCGGCUGAAGGGUACGUGAAGGAGUUCACCCGCCACUGCAACGACGUGCUGCUGAACCUGAAUGAACUGCGGCACCGCAACAUCCUGACCGACGCCAGCCUGGUUGUCGGCAACGUCCACCUGCGGGCGCACUGUGCUGUGCUCGUGGCCUGCAGUGGGUUCUUUUACUCGCUGUACUCCCACCGUGUGCUGCUUCAGGGACGCGGUGGCAGCGGGGAGCAGCUCAUGUCCGUGUCUCUCCCCGACACCUUGGACCCAUGCAGCAUCUCCCUGCUGCUCGACUUCAUGUACACCUCCCGCCUCCCCCUGACACCGAGCAUCGUCCCCGGGGUGCUCACUGCUGCAACCUACCUGCAGAUGGACCACGUGGCUGAUACCUGCAGGGAUUUCAUGCAGCUGCACUGCAGGGAGAAUAUGAGUGCAAGACUCCCACAACUGGAGCUGGACUCCAGGGUGUCUGUUGCCUCUGUAGCCCCCAAAGGAGGGGACCUUCCCAAUCCAGGACCCCAGAGAUUACUCCCAACAGCAGUUGCAACAAGGGUCCCUGCGGAGAUCGGGGGCUCUCUCAAGCCAGGGGCUUUCCCGACCUGCCAGCCCGGGUCAAAGGCGCUGAAAGGAGAGCCCGAGUCGCCCCUCAUGGGCACCCCGACUCCAUCUCCAGACAGCCCAGCCCGCUCCAGCUGCCAACCAAACUCUCCGGCAGAAUCCAACACCUGCAACAAAAACCUUGUGAGUGAUGUCAAAGCUUCGCCAGACCCCAAGGCUUGCAACUGGAAAAAAUACAAGUACAUCGUCCUGAACCCUCUCUGCUCGGCCACCACGGUGAAGGAAGAAGAAAUUGAGGAACCACAAAGUCACACACCACCCAUGGCCGACAGGAUGGGCUCGACACCCAAAGCAGCGGCAGAGGCGUGGUCUGGAGAAGUGCCCGGUCAGAUUGAUAGACAGGGGCAGGCCUCCUGCUACGAGGGUUCUGGCCGAGCCCCUCCCCUGGGGCCACCCCCCUCUGUGGACCACCCAACACUGCCUCCCACUCAAAAGGAGGGAACAGUCUCACCCUGCAACAUUUUCCCAAACCUGCACCCCACUCAUCCAGAAGCCGCCCACCUCAACCAACAUGCAAUCAAGCGGGGGAGCUACUAUGUGCCCUACUGUUGUUCCGGCAACCUUCAAGGGACCAAGACUGUCUGCUCAGGCGACAAGCCGUACCGCUGUAACGUGUGCGGCGCCCAGUUCAACCGACCGGCCAACCUGAAGACUCACUCCCGCAUUCACUCAGGAGAGAAGCCUUACCGCUGUGACACCUGUGGAGCUCGAUUUGUUCAGGUCGCCCAUCUGAGGGCCCACGUUCUGAUCCACACAGGGGAGAAGCCGUACCCCUGCCACACCUGUGGCACCCGCUUCCGCCACCUGCAGACCCUGAAGAGCCACCUGCGCAUUCACACCGGAGAGAAGCCUUACACUUGUGAGAAGUGCGACCUUCACUUUCGCCACAAGAGUCAGCUGCGUCUUCACCUGCGGCAGAAGCACGGGGCCGUCACCAACACCAAGAUCCGCUACAAGGUCCUGACCGAGCCCUACCAGCCUAUUCUGCAGGCCUGCUGAGGAGCUCUGACCUUUGACUCAAUGAUCACAACCAGCACGUUGAUCACAACCAUAACUGAGCAUCUAAAUCUGUCGGAAAAUGUGACAUUUGGUGAAUGAUUUUAACUUUAAAUUAUGAGCACCUGGUUUUUAAUAUGAGCUGGUUAUUUAUAACUUUUAACAGAGUGGUUAGAUGGCCUGUAAAAAAAUGCUAAAAUUGAUUCUGUUUGGAGAAAGAGAAACAUUUACAAGUAAAUUUUAGCAUCAGCACGUCGUUUGGUGAGUUGUGGAGCUCGAAGCUGACAUAACACACUUAAGAAUUAUUAGCGUGGAUCUAUAAGGUUGAUUAGAAGUUCUGGGUAGGUUUUCUGAGAUGAGAUGAUGUUAAGAAAAGUGUUUUUGAAGGUCUGUGAAGGGGAUAGGAAGAAAGGAAUCAGACUUUUUGGGAUGUGUGUACACUGAAUUUUGAAGAAGAAUGAGCAUGUGAAUGAUUCGAAGGAAAGAUUAAGCAAGUUUUUGGAAGGAGAGUUUUUGGAGUACGUAAAUUAAAUUCUAUCAUUUGUUGAAAAGCACUUAAUCAGUGUUAAGUUACUGAAAUCUUCUUCUUUAAUGUGUAUUUAACUCAGAUUUAGUUUAAUCUUGAGGCCUGGGGCCUGCGUGUUCUUUAAGAAAAUAAAGUAUGCAGUGAUAGCUGCUUUUAUAGUCCAAGCAGGCAAAGGACUUCUUGUCUUGUACUGAGUUUAAAAUAAAAUGAUAGAUUGUUUUCUGACAUGAACAAUUAGAAUAAGACGACUGUAAACAAUUGGAUAAUUGAUAAUAUUACAUUUGUGUAUGAGUUAAUUUGCUGGACAAAGAUGGUUUUGUACAAUUUAAAUUAAAUCAUUUUUAUAUCAAUUGGA